AUGCGUUUGCUUCUGCGCUCUUCGCUACGGUACACAUCGGCAUUUCUUGGUUCGCAUACUGCCUUUAAAAGCGAGCUUGUCACACAAGCAAUUACCUCCUAUCGGAUCAAAACAAUGCAUUAUCAAACCGAAGAGCGAGGACGACCGAACUCCUCUGACUACAGGAUAUAUUUUAGUAAGUUAUUAGCCUACCACCAUGCAAGACACGGUAGCUCACUCAUUCACCGAUUACCAAAACGUGGGCGUUAGUUAGGUGAAAUGGUACGGUAUUAGCUAAAAAGGAUACAUCUUUCACAGCAGGUUUGGUAACUUCCAAUUAUGGCCGCGUGGCAUGUUGCAUUCGACACAUUUCAAGUGUGACCCGUGUUUUGACUGAAAAACGUCCAUAGUAAUAGGUCUAACAUGUUGUGUUGGAUUAAAAAACGAUACAUUUUAACUAUUGUUAGUUGCAACACUUUCAAUUUACAGAGCUCUUGAAUUUUGAAAGGACCUGUUUUUGGUGGCUACAAUGUUGCCGUUCCCUUUAACCCCUGUCACGUGUUCUGUCUUCUCUUUCUGUCAUUGGUGAAGACUUGUUACAAGUCGCCACAAAGUCAUCCGUUUUCACUUUUUAUACAAUCUGGUUGGUAGGCUACCAUAUUACAAGGACAGGACUGAUACAUAAUAAUUAAGUCGAGUAUGAAAUACUAUUAUUGUUGUAAUCUUUCUAUGGGUAUAUAUGGGCUGUUAAUCUGUGCUCCAGUGUGACAUUAACAAUGGCAGGUUUAAAGACCGGUCCCCAUUGAAUGUUUUCAUUGUUUGCAGAAGACAUUGAUGGGGUCUUCAGUUUUAAAUCUGCUUUGUGGACCUCGGUCCAUAUAGGUCAGUGUCACCCCUCUGACAGUUAAAACCAUUGAGGGGGUAGGGCACAUUGUCUUUAGUGUGAACUCAUUCACCCCUGUAAUAUGGGAUGAUAAGAAAUGCACUCAGAGAGGUAGAGUCUGGUCACACCUAUUUGUUAAAAAAUGCUUAGAUUAUUGUUAUAUCUGGAUGAUGUAGAAAAUUGGGGCAAGUCAGGCAAAUUCCCAGAUCAAUGCCCUUUGCCUGAGGGAUUUAACCCAAUAGAUUGUGAUUUAAUGGCACCUAUGCAUUUUGCUUGUGUUAGAAAACAUUGCCCAAAUCCAUGUCAAUGGUUUGGGGUUAACCUGUGUUUUGAUAGGUGCCAGAUUAGUUACUUAAAGCGUGUUUUCUAUGAUCUGUGCUUAAAAAGAUAAGGUCCUAAAGCUUCUCUGUGACAUCACAGGGUAGGAUUUAAAAGUAAAAAAAAUGAUUUUUCCAAUAGAGGAUAUUUUGCUCCCUACAUCAGCGAGAAUCUCAUAGUGUUUGAAAAUGUUAAUUUUUGAUCAGGUCAUCGGGUAGAACUUUAACUUUAUAUUAUUUUCUACAAAACUUAGAAAUGCUCAGUUUUCACAUGUUGACACUGGCAUUGUGCUGGAGAUAAUGAAAAUGUGGUUGAAAAGGGGUGGAGUUGCCCUUUUUUAAGCGCUAAAGUGGAACACUAUUGCUUGUGACUCAAAUGCUCAAUUUUUCUAUGUUAGGGGCCUUCCAUUUUCUGUACCUACCAGUGGAGGCUCCUCAGAGGAGGAAGGGGAGGACCAAAAAAACAGUGAAACAUUAAAAAAGUUAUCCUUUUUAGAUUAAACUAUACUAAAUAUAUUCAGAUGUCACCAAAUAAUAGAUUAAAACACAGUUUUGCAAUGGAGGUCUACAGUAGCCUCUGCAGCACUCUGUAGGUUAGCACCAUGGUGUAACCGGAGGACAGCUAGCUUCCGUCCUCUUGGUACAUUGACUUCAAUACAAAACCUAGGAGGCUCAUGGUUCUCACCCCCUUCCAUAGACUUACACAGUAAUUAUGACAACUUCCAGAGGACGUCUUCCAACCUAUCAGAGCUGUUGCAGCAUGAACUGACAUGUUGUCCACCCAAUCAAAAUAUCAGAGAAUGAAUCUAGUACUGAAAGCGUAAGCUACAGCUAGCUAGCACUGCAGUGCAUAACACGUGGUGAGUAGUUGACUCAGCAAGAAAGACAAUAGUAGAACAGUUUUGAACAGAGAGGAGAGGGAGCGAGCUAGCUAUAUUUGGUUGUAUUUAAAAAAAAAGAAACGUUAACUUACCUAGAGAAUGCAGCUAGCUAGUUUAGCCUACUCAAACACCCAGCUCAAACAGAGAGGGAUGCUAUGUUAGCUAGCUGGCUAUGGCUAGCCAACACAAGAAGUCUUCCAAGUCAAGGUAGGCUUUUGGUUUGAUUAAUUUAUUGCCACCGGGGCCCACCGGUGUAACUGCUUUCUGACUGUACACUGUGCUGUAUGAUUGUAGCUAGCAGGUUUACUAACACAUUAGUUCUAGUAGCGAUGUUGACUAUGACAAGGAUGUAGGCUGUGUGUAGCGGUCAUGAUAUGAAGGUUUGGCUUGGAAAGAUUUAAUUUGCCUGGUCACAGACCACUGAUGUGUUGUGCACUGAAUGAAGUCCACAAGCGAAGGGAAAAGGUGAGAGGAGGAGAGUGCAUAGAUAGUUGCGAGAAGGAAUUAUAUAUAAAACAGCAAAGUGAUCAUGCUGUUUUUAUGUGGGUGCUAUGAAAGUGAACUGAUCAGGGGUGUAUUCAUUACGCCAAUUUUGUUGAAAAACGUUUCUUAAACGUAAACAAAUGAAAUUGGGAUAAACACCUGAAAUUGUCCAAUAGAAACUCUCGUUUACAAUCUGUUGAACUAAUGAUUUCUCCCUAGAUCAGCUAGAUGCAGGCAAGAGUGUUCAAGGCGGUAUUGAAUGUGUCACUGUCUGUCAUCUUGAUUACUCAAAAUUAUCUCGGAUGUAGCAACCUCAUGAUGGGUACAGGGAAAAAUCGAGAAUCAUGUAUAGCCUAAACCUAUUGAUGUUACAUUGAGCUGGGUGAAUGAAAUAUGAAUGACAGUCAUCCAAUAUGCUGUAAUAGAAAUAAGGCCCAUAAAAAAAAAAAAAAUCAUCUUAAACGGCACCGACCGCCACUGGCACCUAGUAACAAUAUAAAUGUUGCAUCGAGCACUUGCGGUAUACCAACAGUUACAGAACAUUUUGAGAAUGUAUACAUUACUAAUACAGUACAUCAGUCAAUUUACUUUGCAUGUGUUUCUGUUUUGUUCUAGAAACCUCUGACGGGAAAUACAUCUCUCCCUUUCAUGAUAUUCCACUUCUCGCCGAUGGAGAUCAGGUAAACAUUUUGUUCAAUCUGGAUCUAUUCUUACUUGGUUGUUGUAGCUUUUAUGAAACCGGUCUAUGUGACGCAAGGAACGAGUCAAUGUUUCCAUAUUUCCUUUUUGCAUGUGGAAAUGAUAAUGGGUGUGAGUAUGGAACCUUUUAGGCAGGCAUUUUGGAACAGAAGCCACAUACAUUGUCAUUGAAGUGCUAAGACCAUGUGUCAAACUCAUUCCACGGAGGGCCGAGUGUCUGCGGGUUUUCGCUCCUCCCUUGUCAUUGAUUGAUGAAUUAAGGUCACUGAUUAGUAAGGAACUCCCCUCACCUGGUUGUCUAGGUCUUAACUGAAAGGAAAAAACUAAAACCCGCAGACACUCGGCCCUCCAGGGAAUGAGUUUGACACCCCUGGCUUAGAUGGAAAAUCUUUGAAAAAGCAUGAUUUUAUCUGACAAGGAAAUAUGUUUAUUGAACAUGUAAAGGUUAUGCAUACUUCUCAGCGGGUUCGUCAAUAGUCAGGUGACAUGCAAAUGUCUAGGGAUUUUGUAGAGCUUCACUUGCUGGGUAUUUUUCUGACAGUCUACUAUUAGUGUCUGAAACCUCUUACGUGAUGAUGUCAGAUAUUGUGUAGGUCUACCAAAUAUGUAUUUUAUUAUUAAUGCAAUAUGUGUCUUACCGAAGGAAAAUGAUGUGCCAUCUAAAAAACUGAAGAAGAAUGAGAAUGAGGUAUUUUCCCAUGCUGACAUUUCUACUACAGAGAAAACAAUUGAAUCUCUUUUUAAUUAAUGCUGAGCACCUUGAUUAUAUUAUCUUUGAUAUAGUUCAUAUUUUAUUUUACAGGUUCUGUAUAACAUGGUUGUGGAGGUACCUCGAUGGUCCAAUGCCAAAAUGGAGGCAAGUAUUGUUUUGGGAACCUGUCAGUUAAGUAUUAAUCUAACACUAUGGUGUGUCCAUAUACAAGAGCGUUUGAGACAACCACCGACAUAAAGAAAGGCGGUCGACUUUUGUCCUAAGUGGUUUGUAAUCCCUCAUUGGCCGAGCUCUAUUUUGACUGAUCCAAACAUCGUUGAGAGCUUUUUGACGUGUUAGCACGCUGGUGUUUGACUAGAAACAGCCAGACAAUAGAUUAAUAAUGAAUCUGUCAAAGUGGAAAGGUCCUAUAAAUAUCCUCUUCUUCCCUUAAUAUAUAAUGAUGUCCUUGCACCAGGCAACUUGUUAAUGAUAUUUAAGCACUUCAGGCAGAGAGAGAGAGAGAGAGAGAGAGAGAGGGAGAGAGAGGGAAGGGAGAGAGAGAGAGAGCUCUGAAAGUUGAUUUUAAAGGUCAUCUCAGUCUCCAGCAGUUGAAGGAAUAAUAGAGGUGAUUGAGAGUGCAAACUGGGUUUAUGGAUACUAUUUAUUUGAUGAGGAUUUGAAAAUGGAUGCCCUUCUAAUGUCACUGUCUCUCUUAAGAUAGUAAACUGCUGACCCAAGUUUAGACUGUCAUCUGUGUUAAUUAUGCAUCUUUCUUUUAGAUUGCAACCAAGGAACCACUGAACCCGAUCAAGCAGGAUGUGAAGAAGGGCAAACUCCGAUAUGUGGCCAACGUGUUUCCUUAUAAAGGUUACAUCUGGAACUACGGGGCGCUCCCACAGGUGAGACCUCUGUCACCUCUGUUAUGUUACGGAGUUGAUCAUCCUGCUGUUGCAUUAUAUUGUUACGGAGUUGAUCAUCCUUCUGUUGAAUUACGGAGUUAUGUUGUUACGGAGUUGAUCAUCUUUCUGUAGCGUUACGGGAUUAUAUUGUUACGGAGUUGAUCAUCUUUCUGUUGCGUUACGGAGUUAUAUUGUUACGGAGUUGAUCAUCUUUCUGUUUCGUUAUGGAGUUAUAUUGUUACGGAGUUGAUCAUCUUUCUGUUUCGUUAUGGAUUUCACCAUCCCUCUGUUUUCUUACAGAGUUGAACAACAUCAACAACUGGAGAGAUUCUAAAUGGACCUCUAUCCCAUUAUUAACCCUAUUCGCUAGUCUUUCAGCGGAAAACACUAGAACAUAAUCUCGGUCGAAACUCAGCUGCCAGUAAUGCAUUUCUUCUUUCAUCCUCCGGCAGUAUUGAUUUGGCCAAAGUGAAUGACUAAUACAGGCGGAUACAUGGAAAACACUUCACGAUUCAUUAAAAUGGGUCUUGUUGGUGAAAUCCACAGCGUGUGGCCCUGAGUGUUUCAUAUACAAGCGCAUUAAGCAGACUGCCACGCAGACAUCAUUGAUUUGCCCAUAACUUAUUAUUGUCUGCUGCCCUCCCCACUGGCUGAAAAAAAUGCACUGUGGUCGGCUCGACAAAUUUGACAGUUCAUCUCACAAUGUUUGAAAUGACGGUAUACAAACAAAGUGUUGACAGGGAUAAUGUUGUUACUGCUGUCUCUUCUAUUGUUGAAACAGACAUGGGAAGACCCGAACCAUAUGGACAAGGACUCCAAGUGCUGCGGAGACAACGACCCCAUAGACGUCUGCGAAAUCGGCACGAUGGUGAGACUGUCUAGACUUUGGCUAAAUCAUAUCCAAGAAUAAUAUUACUUGUAUGUAUAAUAUGUAUGAAGGUUAAUUUACAAACAAUAUGUCUAGACAUAUUAUAAUAUGUAUAUAAAGUAACUCACAGAACGUGAUAAUAUAUCAUAUAACUUAUCUGUAUAACAUGUCAUGUAUAAUGUACUUUUACCUGAGGAGUUGUCUGUCUGCUUACCUGUGUCCUGCAGGUGUGUUCCCCAGGUCAGGUGAUCCAGGUGAAAGUGCUAGGGGUCCUGGCCAUGAUCGACGAGGGAGAGACGGACUGGAAGCUGAUAGCCAUCAACGCUGAUGACCCAGAGGCCCCCAGCCUCAACAGUCAGUCUUAGAAACUUACAGUAUUUCAAAAUGUCACUGUAGUAGUAGACAUUUUCAACACGUCAUACACAUAUUAGGCUGCGUUUACACAGGCACCCAAAUUCUGAUCUUUUUUAUCACUAAUUGGUCUUUUGACUAAUCAGAUUUGAAAAUGAUCUGAUGUGAAAAGAUUGGAUGUGAUUGGCCAAAAGACCAAUUAGUGAAAAUAAGAAUUAUUUAAAAGAAUUAUUAUCAGAAUUGGGCUGCUUGUGUAAACGCAGCCUUGGACACAAUAUCCGUAGCACAGUAACCAUUAACAUAGUGUGUUUGAUCUCAAUAUUUUACAUUUACAUUUUAGUAAUUUAGCAGAUGCUCUUAUCUAGAGUGACUUACGGUAGUGAGUGCAUACAUUUUUCAUAAAUGUUUUCUAUACUGGUCCCCCGUGGGAAUCGAACCCACAACCCUGAUGUUGCAAGCACCAUGCUCUACCAACUGAGCCACACAAGCCCAGUAUAUGUUUCAAAAUCACAAUGUGCUCUCUUGUUUUCUCCUCAGGUAUCGAAGAUGUCCGCAAGAGCAGACCCGGUCAUUUGGAGGCCACGGUCGACUGGUUUAGAAAAUACAAGGUUCCAGACGGCAAGCCCGAAAACCAGUUUGCGUUCAAUGGACAGUUCAAAGACAAGGUACAUAGAGUUUCUCCAUUAGGGCCACAUACUAUUGGUAUAUUAAAGCAUAAUAGCUGGUAUAUAUCGUACUGUUUUCCUGAAUGUGUUCCAGUCCAGUGCCAUGGUAGUUACUUUAAUAGGAGGGACUCUGAUGGUGUGUUCCCUUCCCCAGGGAUCGCAAAGGGUUCACUUCUUUCUAUUGUCCUUUGUCUGCCUCCAUUCCUCCUCCUCUUUAGGACUUUGCUGUGGAGGUCGUUAAGUCCACUCACGAGCACUGGAGGGCACUGGUGCAGAAGCAGACUAAUGGUGGCCAGAUAGAUUGGUGAGGAGCGCGUGUGUGUUAGCCCUCCAGGGUGUGUGUUAUGCCCUCCAGGGUGUGUGUUAUGCCCUCCAGGGUGUGUGUUAUGCCCUCCAGGGUGUGUGUUAUGCCCUCCAGGGUGUGUGUUAUGCCCUCCAGGGUGUGUGUUAUGCCCUCCAGGGUGUGUGUUAUGCCCUCCAGGGUGUGUGUUAUGCCCUCCAGGGUGUGUGUUAUGCCCUCCAGGGUGUGUGUUAUGCCCUCCAGGGUGUGUGUUAUGCCCUCCAGGGUGUGUGUUAUGGCCUCCAGGGUGUGUGUUAUGGCCUCCAGGGUGUGUGUGUGUGUGUUAGACCUCCAGGGUGUGUGUGUGUGUGUUAGACCUCCAGGGUGUGUGUGUGUGUGUUAGCCCUCCAGGGUGUGUGUUAGCCUUCCAGGGUGUGUGUUAGCCCUCCAGGGUGUGUGUGUGUGUUAGACCUUCAGGGUGUGUGUGUGUGUUAGCCCUCCAGGGUGUGUGUGUGUUAGCCAUCCAGGGUGUGUGUGUGUGUGUGUGUUAGACCUCCAGGGUGUGUGUGUGUGUGUUAGCCCUCCAGGGUGUGUGUUAGCCUUCCAGGGUGUGUGUUAGCCCUCCAGGGUGUGUGUGUGUGUGUGUUAGCCCUCCAGGGUGUGUGUGUGUGUGUGUUAGACCUUCAGGGUGUGUGUGUGUGUUAGCCCUCCAGGGUGUGUGUGUGUUAGCCCUCCAGGGUGUGUGUGUGUUAGCCCUCCAGGGUGUGUGUGUGUUAGCCCUCCAGGGUGUGUGUGUGUUAGCCCUCCAGGGUGUGUGUGUGUGUGUUAGCCCUCCAGGGUGUGUGUUAUGCCCUCCAGGGUGUGUGUUAUGGCCUCCAGGGUGUGUGUUAGACCUCCAGGGAGUGUGUUAGACCUCCAGGGUGUGUGUGUGUGUGUGUGUGUGUGUGUGUGUGUGUGUGUGUUAGCCCUCCAGGGUGUGUGUUAGCCUUCCAGGGUGUGUGUUAGCCCUCCAGGGUGUGUGUGUGUGUGUUAGCCCUCCAGGGUGUGUGUGUGUUAGCCCUCCAGGGUGUGUGUGUGUUAGCCCUCCAGGGUGUGUGUGUGUUUGUUUCAUCCUACGUUACACAUAAUCCCUGCUCAUGUGGUCGGUCAGCUAAUAGCCCUCCAGCAGCCCAUAUGAAAUUGCAAUAAGCCUGCGUUAUAAUGUUGUUGGUUUUUCUGCAUUGAUAGAUAAUGACCUAAGUUUCUUCUCUGACAACAGUAAAAACGUCUCUGUCUCCGAGAGCCCUUUCAAAUGCAGUGGCGAGGACGCCUGCAAUGUGGUCAGAUCGGUGAGAACAUCAAUUCAGCUCUGUGUGCGUUGUAACUAUAACUAAGCUUUGUGUGUUUAAGUUAUGUUGUAAGGAACAUUCUCAGUAUCGUGGUUGGAUCUGAUAGUCUUGUGACAUCAUAUCCUGUGCUUCCUGCUUAGGCUCCUGCUGGUGGUGAGGCACUUCCUGUAUCUCCAGAAGGUAUGUAUCAAGUGACUGACUUGCUUGACAAUGAGACCCAUUUUAGCCAUUGAAUUGAUAAGAAAUACAUAUUCAUAUUAUAUGUGUGUAAAUAUUACAAAUUCCCUUUUUUAAUGUCACAUAUUGAUAUCCAUGAUCAUCUGUUACAGUGGACAAGUGGCAUUUCCUUUCCAAGUGAUUCUGGACUGAAGUCCUGCGAUGUGAAAAGCUAAAGAUACUUUUGUCCAAUAUUCAAAUGAAGCACUUCAAGUACUGUAUUUUUUCUAUUGUUUAGUUACUGCAAAUAUUUUUGUAUUCAGCUGAUUUUAUUUCAAAUGGGGGAUUUAAGUGUCAAUUCUGUAUGAAUAGUUGUUUUGGUUAUGUCUCCCGAGUGGCGCAGUGGUC